GAGAAAGGACCAUGGUCCACAUUCUUCAUGGCUCUUGGAUCACGUUGCAGAGGACUACGUGCAAAUCUAUUAGCUUCGCAGUGCUCAGUUGCCCCUUCUGACGAGACUUCUCGGAUUGGACCGAAGCUUUGCGCUGCUGAUCCCACCAUUUUGACCCUAUUCCGUGCACAGAAGAGGUGAAAAUUUUGUUCGAUCACGGUACUCUGCUGCAUCAGCAGUUCCGAGUUGUAGCUGUAGCCGGUUUUAGAAUUUUGAAAUCGAUUCGCUCGCUUGUCGCUCAGCGUGGUCCUGGAGAAGGUGCAAAUGUGAGCUACGGAAUUCCACCCCUGUUUCAAUUCCCAGGCAACUGCGGCAUGCGUUGGGUUUUCCCAAAUCGAGUGCGGCGAAUUCCGGUGAAAGUAGAUCAAAUGAGCCUGGUGUCGUUGCCUCUUGGGUUGCCAGAUGUGGGUCUCGUGUCAUCUCUGAAACUGGGGUUCUCCGCGCAUUGUGGGAGUUGUGGAAUUUCGGGCUGGAGCGAAGGAUUGGUUUUGUCCAGGGCUGUAAGCACAAUUUCGAACAAGGGCGCGUUGCUUGAGCAGGGUAGAACCGACGAUGGGUUACGGAUUUGGUGGAAGAGAGGGCAGUCUGCUAGGUGUGCUGGGAAAGAGAACCCCAGAUUCAUUUCGCGAGGAGCCGUUGGCAAACGACGACCCACGAGGACGGUUGGGUCCGUGGUUGAGAGAAUAGAGCGGACGCAGGAGGCUACGGAGAGGAGAGCAUCGGGAGAAGAGUCAAGAAGGGAGUAUCCCUACUCUUUGUUACGAUCGCUUGAUGAACGUAUCAGGCAAAACCAAUGGCAACCUGCUUUGAGGGUGUUCGAGCUUGUGAGAGCGCAAGAGUGGUACACCGCCGACCUGUCAACGUAUCUGAAGUUAUUGACGAUGCUAGCGAAGGCAAAGCAAGCAGCAGAGGCGUCGAACGUGUUCGACUGUCUGCUGGAAGACAAGCUACGCCCCACAACCGCGAUAUUUACAGCUCUACUUACCGUGUUCACGCAGAGCAACCAGUUCAAGAAAGCAUUGGAGAUUUUUGAGUCGAUGAGGCUCUACGAAGGAUGUGUACCUGACAAGUACACGUACACUGCGAUGAUCAAGGGGUGUUGCGAGGCAGGUCUGUAUGUGCAGGCGAGGAAAAUAUUUGACGAGAUGAUGAUUGAGGGAGUGAAGCCCUCCAUCGUCACUUACAACAUUCUCAUCCAUGGAUAUGGAAAGGCCGGUUUGUUCAGGGAGGUUGAGCGCGUUCUAUCCACAAUGGAAGCGAACAAUGUGGCGCCUGAUACAGUGACGUGGAAUACGCUGAUAAGAGUGUUUGGACUCAACUGCAAGAUACCUGAAAUGGAGCAAGCUUACGAGGGCCUUCUGAGACAAGGUCUACAGCCGGACAUGGUGACUCUCAACAGCCUGAUAUCGGCAUAUGGAACGGCGGGCUUGUUUGAGAAGAUGGAGAGUGUGACUCAAUACAUGCAGAGGUAUAACUAUCCUAUGACAAGAAUCACAUACAAUAUUAUUAUGGAGGCUUACGGAAGGGCCGGAAUGGUGGACCAAAUGGAGGAAACUUGGAAGAGAAUGAAAGCGGAGUUCGUGAAACCGAACAGUAGCACUUUUUGUUCCAUGUUGAGUGCUUAUGGAAGACAUGGAUACUGGCACAACGUUGAGAAAGUAAUGCGACAAGCGCGAUAUUUUGACGCAGCUGAUACCGCCGUGUACAACGCUGCUAUCGAUGCUUUUCAGAGGGCCCAGAAUUUCGAGGAUAUGGAGAAGAUAUUCGAGGAGAUGAAGCUGAAGGGUCAUGCGCCUGAUGACGUAACUUACAGCAUAUUGAUAGGAGCUUACGAGAGAAUUAGGAGGGUCGACAAAGCACGGGACUUGCAGGAGGAGUGGAACGGAUCAGUGAAAGAGUGUGAAGCUGAGUGAAAGAGAGACCGAUCCGGAAACAUCAGCACAAUCGAAGCAACAGGACUGACUAAAGUUCAAGAUAUGAUGAAAAAUCGAAGUUUGCACUGCCGAUGUUGUCGAUGACGUUGAGGGUGUGCUUUGGAGGAUCAAUGCUGUUGUGCAGUCUGGCGAUGCACUUGUGGAGGAAAUGUCGAGAUGAAUUUCGUAGUCAGAUGCACAGGUAGUCACAUGCGAGGACUCUUGUUGUGGCGGAUGCGGUGGCGAGCCGAAGAAGUGGACGAGGAUAUCACAGAGAUCUAUUGUUCGUACUUGAGAUGUAUGAAAGGACCACGUGAGAGAAGACUUAGUAAACUCAGCUUUUGUACCUAGGGUUGAAUAUGGAUGACAUAGGGUUCUUGAAGUCGAUAUGUUCACCAUAUAGUUUCGGGGUGGUGGGUGCAGUUCAAUGACUGCUGUAGAUCCAUUUUGCAGUUCGUACACCGUGCUGAAGACGUUGAACCAGUUUCGUCCGUAAGCCGUACAGGUAUACUCCUCAUGCAUUACAAAACCUUGGGCAUCAGUCACCCCAAUUUCCACCUCAGUCCUCCAGUUCCUUCGAACACGUUCCUAGGUUUUGGAAACGUUGAGUUGAUGAAUGUGGUGCAUCUUUGUGCGGUCUGUUACUCGCUUCGAGAACAAGUGGAGCUUUGCAUUAUUCUACCAGUUGAAGGAUGGUGUCUCCUGGGCGCGGGAGUGGCAAUCUGACAUUGGGCAACCAGGUAUCAUUGUUCGCAUUGUAUCCAUUACUCUUUUUCCUUCAUCACCUUCCAAGAAUGUGAUGCAAUGCAAAACUCCGUCGACACACACUCCGUUUUGAUACUCAUUCAGAGCAAAGGCCGAGCUUGGGACGUCAUCCGUAACUGUCCUCUUCGACGUAGUAGAGUCGAAGACCUUCGUUUUUUUGACAAGUGCUCGUCAUUGGCACUUCUUGAUACGACUUUGUAUGAUUGAUUGGUGGGAUAGUAUAGCAUGUGCAAAGAACAAGUUUGUGAUGGAAGUGGGAGGGUGGUAAUGUUCUGAACUUGUAGAGGAAUUGACUACAAUUUGUUCUUCAUUUUGUUGACAUGUAUAUGUAUAUAAGAGGUAUUGGGGGUUCAAUAUAAGACAAUUUGUUCUUCAUUUUGUUUACAUUUAUGUACAUAAGAGGUAUUAGAUAUAAGAUAUAAGAGAGAGGUGGCAACUAUUUAUAGGUAUUUGUAACCUUUAUUAAAAAGUAUUUGGCAUUGAAUUGUGCUUUAUUAGAGCAA